AUGCCCUUGAUGCAACAACAAGAGUCCAAUUCCAAAGAGAAAGGUAACGCGAUAGAGGAGCAGUACAAGAAGAUUGUGCACCGAGAUUGGAAGGAGGAUCCAAUUUUCAAUGGCACCAUACCUGAUACAACGGUCGCAUUUUGGUCUCGGAUCAUUCAGUUCCAAACUUCUCUUGGAGACAAACG